GAUGCGGAAGCGGCAGCUGAGACCGGGAAACGGACAUGGAGUUCAAUGCAGAGACGGCCAGACAGCGGCUGGGAAGGUACAGGUUCCGGGAUCUCACCGUGGAGGAGCUGAAGGACAUUUUUAGGAUUUAUCCCAACUUCCUGUUCUCCAUGAACACCUACACAUUUAAAGACGGAUCCCAGAAGGAGCUGCUGAGCCUCUCGGGGACGAUUCCGAUGAAGUUUCAAGGCUGCUUGUAUAACAUCCCUGUCCUCCUGUGGCUCCUCGACUCCCACCCGUUCGCGCCCCCCCUCUGCUUCCUGAAACCCACCGAAAGCAUGGCGGUCCGGGUCGGGAAACACAUCGACGCGCAGGGGAGGAUUUACCUGCCUUACCUGCAGAACUGGAGCCAUCCGAAGUCCACCGUCGUGGGUCUGAUCCGAGAGAUGAUUAUUAAGUUCGAGGAAGAGCUCCCUUUGUACUCUGUGACGGCCGCGGAAGCCGCCAGGCAGAAGGAGCUGCUGUCCUACAUCGCGCAGGUGACGGACGGGGUCUCCAGGGUAGAAAUUACCCCGAGCAACAGAGGCAAAGUCACGGUGAUCGGGGCAGGAGACCUGGCUCUUUCUUGCUUGCUGGCAAUAUCUGCAAAGGGGUCCGCAGCGAAACUCGUUCUCCUCGACGUCAGCGAUGGAGGCGCGAAAGGCAGCGGUGCGAUGGACUUGGACAUCUUCCCCAUCCCCAAUGUAGAAGUCAGUAAAGACUUGUCGUCGGCGGCCGGAUCUAACGUGGUCGUCGUGACCGUUAAUGCCUGGAGCAACGAGCAGUCUUACCUGGGGGUCCUACAGAGUAACGUGGACCUCCUACGAGGGGUCAUCCCAGCUGUGGCCUAUCAUUGCCCCAAUAGCGUUUUGCUUGUUGCCUCUCAGCCAGUGGAAAUAAUGACGUUCGCCGUUUGGAAGUUAAGCGGCUUCAACCACAGACAGGUCGUCGGCAUCGGCUGCAACUUGGACUCCGCGAGAUUUCGGCAUAUUAUCAGAGGGAUGACGGCCGCUCAGGAGAACAGCGAGCAUGAAGGAUGGAUAAUCGGAGAACAAGGAGACGGGAAAGUGGCUGUCUGGAGCGAUGCAGACUCCUCAGAUCCUCACCAGCCGUCUUCAAAACUGUACCCCAGGGUCUUCCAGGAGCAGCUUACAAACAGGGCGAUGGAGGUGCUGAAAGGGAAAGGUCAGAGGUCGUGGUCCGUGGGGCUGUCUGUGGCCGACCUCACUGACACCAUUGUGCAAAACAAACAAAAAGUGCAUUCUGUCUCCUCGCUGGCCAAGGGUAUUUUUAGCAUAGAGAACGAGGUAUUCCUGAGCAUUCCGUGCCUUCUUGGGGCAUCCGGCGUGAUAGGAGUUGCCCCAAUGAUGCAAGACGACCAAGCUUCAGAAACCGUUCAAAAAAGCGCCACGUCGGUUCACAACCUGCAGCAGCAGCUGAAGAUCUGAGGGAGCCGAAAGCUGAAGAACCGGAAAGAAACGCGGGAGAGAGAGAGGGGACGCCAGGAGCCGCGCGACCUGCGCGACCUCACCUUCAAGGUGUCUGCCGUUGAAGUCUUCUCAUUGCACUGACAUUCUGUUUCCAAACCAAAUCCUCUCAUCGCUGUGAUUUACAGAAAAAAAAGACGCUAAAGCACUUUCUUUCCAAUUUUUUUCUGCGCUAAGCGCCACUAAUUUUUUUUUUAAAGCUGCAGUUCCACUUAAACAAAAAUAUUAAUUAUAUUAUAUAAAAUAAUAAAUAACCUCAGCAGUGUAGGUGGAACAGAAGCAUUAAAACUUAAGUAGGUUAGGAAUAUCCAGAAACGGGUUUUCAGACCAUUAUUGCAUUAUCGGCAAAAGGAAAGGAUGGAUA